UCGUUUGAGACUUGGCAAAGACUUCUCUCUCUCUCUCUCUCUCUCUCUCUCUCUCUACAGUUGAUGUUUAACAAUUCGCUGCCUUCAGCUAUGGAGGUUUCAAGUCUCCAUGCGCCGUCACUGAAGCCUCAGCUUAAUCGACUUUUUCUUCCUCGAACGGGAAGUAUUUCUAAUAUCAGGGAUUCUAGUAGCUUUCCAUGUCCAUGCAUCAAGCGUUCUUCGAUGCUUCAUCGCCUCUCAUCACUAUCUACAAACCAACAAAAUUUAGUUUUAGCUCGUAGUAUUGGACGAGGAGAUGGCAUGGGGGUCUUGCUUAAUCACAACCCCGAUUCGAGAACUGCAGCACUUGCCCCAUUCGGAAAAGCUUCUCGUUCGCAUUCACAUAGACUAUGUGUUGCUAAAAGCGAGGGCUCAGGGGGAGCUUUAAGCAGUGAAAGCAUCACACUAGAUGAGGAGACAUUAAAGCGGGACCUGCAAAUCGCCAUUCAGGAGGAAAACUACGCACGAGCUGCCAAACUCAGGGAUACCCUCCGAUUUCUCCAGGAGGAUGGCAAAGCCGCGGUACUAUCAGCAAACACUCGAUUCUACAACUCGUUCCGGAAAGGUGACCUGGCAUCCAUGCAAGCCCUUUGGGCUAAAGGUGAAAAUGUUUGUGUUGUGCACCCAGGUGUGGGUGCCAUAUCUGGUUAUGACCUUGUAAUGGGGAGCUGGGAACUUGUUUGGGCUGAUUAUGAGUUUCCACUAGAGAUUGAGGUUAAAGAUGUUCAAGUUCACGUGAGAGGCGAUUUUGGGUAUGUUACUUGCUCUGAAAUGGUUACAACAAAGGGAAGCAGCUGGGGGAGACAGAUCGCAACGAAUGUGUUUGAGAAGAUCGACGGUCAAUGGUUUAUCUGUGUUCACCACGCAUCACAUGUUGACUUUUGAAGCAGAGAGAUUUGUUGGACAUCUGCCUUCUGAAAUUUUCAUAUAUCCUCCUACUUUCAGCCAGUGGAAUGAUUUAUACAAACAUUUGCGUAAUGACUCUGAGUUGGCAGUAGUGUAUUCAGAUUGUGUUAGUGUAAACUUGUUUGCAACUCAUGAUGCCAUGGUUCACUAAGUUUCUUCUGUUCCCAGGAAAUAACUGCCUCGUUGCUUUCUAAUACAAAACAGAACCAUUACAAAAA